AGAUGUUUUUCUGCACAGCAGGACAGACUGAGAGGGAGAACGCAUCGGAGCAGAUUUUUCCUUGGUGAUUUCUCUCAACUUGUUUGCUCUUGUUCCUCACUGCAGAGAGAGACGGACUGAAAAACAGACGAUCAGAUUCACCUUCAGACCAAACUAACAACUUCCUCUGAGUUCAGCUGAAGGAGAGAAAAGUGGAAACUACAGCCCUGCUGCUUCAACCUGCGGACCCUCCACCCCCUGAAGCUUCAGAGACAACAUGGCUUCCAGGUUAGAGGAAGAUCUCCGCUGUCCGGUCUGUCUGGACGUCUUUAGAGAUCCUGUUGUUCUGUUCUGUAUCCACAGCUUCUGUAAAGCCUGUCUGCAGACCUGGAGAGAGAAACCAUCACGAGAGUGUGCAGUCUGUCAGAGAAGAUCUUCAAGAGGAGAACCUCCCUGUAACCUGACUUUAAAUAACCCACAGAACACAGUCAGAGCUGGCUGCAGUGGAGAGGCUGCAGCGCCCCUGCAGUUUCAGAAGCUUCACCAGUUUCUAGAAGAGGAAGAGGAGGCCAGGAUGGCUGCACUGAGCGAGGAAGAGGAGCAGAAGAGGAGGAUGAUGGAGGAGAAGAUGGAGGCUGUGAGCAGAGAGAUAGCAGCUCUUUCACACACAGUCAGAGGCACAGAGGAGGAGCUGAGAGCUGAAGACGUCUCCUUCCUGCACAGCUACAAGGCUGCAGUGGAGAGGCUGCAGUGCCCCCUGCUGGAGGAUCCACAGCUGCCCUCAGGAGCUCUGAUAGACCAGGCCAAACACCUGGGCAACCUCAGCUUCAACAUCUGGAGCAAGAUGAAGGUCAUGGUGUCCUACUCUCCUGUCAUCCUGGACCCAAACACUGCUCAUCCAGGACUCAUCCUGUCUGAAGAUCUGACCUCUGUGAGACGAGGAGGAGAGGGAGAGGAACUUCCUGAUAAUCCAGAGGUUUGAUCAUCACCUCUCUGUCCUGGGCUCUGAGGGCUUUGACUCAGGGACUCACAGCUGGGAUGUCCAGCUUAGAGACAGCACAUUCUGGGGACUGGGUGUGUUAGCAGAGUCUGCCCAGAGGAAGGGACGCAUAGAGUCUGGAUUAUGGAGAAUAGGUUUAGAUGGAGGUAAAUACUCAGCACAGUCACUAUCAGGUCCAGAAACUCCUCUCAGCCUGCUGAAGGAGCUCCAGAGGGUCAGAGUGAAUCUGGACUGGAACAGAGGAGAGUUGUCAUUCUCUGAUCCUGACACUAAUACACACAUACACACCUUCACACACACUUUCACUGAGCGGAUGUUUCCAUUCAUUAGCACUGUGGGUGAAGUGAAGAUAUUACCACUGAAGGUGUGUGACCAAACACCAGAACGUAUAGAGUCUUUAGUUUGAAGCUGGUGAUUAGUUACAAAAAAGACACACAGCUAAUUACAACAAAGAUAUAAUUAACCUUCAACUAUAAUGUCAAAAUUGUAAGAAUUGUAACCAGGAAAUGUGCUUUUUAACGUUAAAAACGUUUAAACGUUUUUUUAGAUCUGACCAAAAGUCAGAAUACUGUCAAACAAAAAAGUCAGUUCUUAAAUUAAAGUCAGACUUCUGAGAUUGAAUUGAGAACUUGGUGAAAAAAAGUAAAUAUUCUGAGAUGCCGCUGCAAACAGCUGUCAUCUGAUUGGUUGCGAAGCGCUCCGCCGCAACAUUGAGCGAUGCUUAACGUUGCGGUUAGUGCUUCGGCGAGUCGGCGAGGUCGCUCUAUCAGAAACACAACGUCAGAGCAGAGAGUUUGUUUGUAUCGUGUGAAUGCAGCUUGAAGAUAUAAAGGCCAAAUGGUUGGAUUUAAUUUAAAGUAAAUGUAAGAUAAGAUAAGAUGGACCUUUAUUAAUCCCCGCAGGAAAUUCAGUAGUUUAACAGCAACAGGGUGAGAAUAAAAAACGGGACAGCACAGAUUCAUACGGAUGAAUAUAUACAUAUAUAUUAUUAAUAUAUCAAAUCAAUUAAGGAUACAAUCAAAGAUAAACAUUUAAAAUGAUAAAAUAACUAUAAAAUAAGAAAUAUACAUAUUUGGUCAUGUGUACUGUACAUAUUAUGUACCUCUGUGUGUGAAAACAGUGUGUAUUUCAGGUCCAGUAAUUGUGUUACAAACUCUGGUUUGUGUACAAACUAUAUACCUGGUAACACUUGCACAGAGGUGUAAAGUAAUUAAGUACUGUACUCAAGUACAAUGUUAAGGUACUUGUACUUAACUUGAGUAUUUCCAUUGUAUGCUACUGUGUACUUCUACUCCACUACAGUUCAGAGGUAAAUGGUGUACUUCUACUCCACUACAUGUAUUUAAUACCUUUAGUUACUUCACAGAUGUGGAUGAAUGAUGUGAAAUAUAAUCAAGUGUUAAAUCAGACUUUAGUUCCACCUGGAGUGAAUUCUGUUGAAGAAAGGAAGAAAAUGGAACAAUGUAUUUUAUUAUAUAAAGCUUAAAUAUGUUAAAAACUGUGUUAGAACUCUGUAUGCCAUAGUCAUGUAUCGUAUAGUUUAACGCUUUAGCAAUAUAAACAGGAUGAAUAACAGAAAUCCUGACAUGGGGUUCUUUUAAAGACCUAUGUAGCAAAGUACGCACUUCCUCUUUCGAGGAGAUGAAAAUCUGUUACGCACUUCCUCUUCGGAGUGAACUUUUACGCACUUCCUCUUUCGGAGUGAACUUUCUACGCAUUCCUCUUUCGGAGUGAACUCUCAUACGCACUUCCUCUU